UCCUCCGCGUCCGUCUGUCCGUCGUCUUGUCUUCGUCUGUCUGUUUACUCAACUCAUCGAAAGAGGGAACGGGAACGGGGCAAUAUCUUGUUAUUGUUAUAUGUAGUUUAUUUAAAGUCCUCGUAAGGAAGGAUCUUCAAACAUGAAUUCUCUGAAAAGAUAUAAAAGAAAGGGUGUUGCUAAACAGCUUGAGGAGGACUCCGACCAAAACUAUGCCAAAAUCUCAAAGAAAAUGAGAAAUCAAGUCGCAGUUAAGGAAGAACCCAAGGAUGGAGAGUAUCAAUGUGACCAUUGUCACCUUUCCUUUGAAGAAGAACAGCAACUCUUUGAGCAUGAGGUAGUGCACUUCAAAACUGAAGAUCUGAAUGUUUGUGAGGACUGCGGUCAAGUAUUUGCAACAAAAUUGUCCCUUCUAAGCCAUAGACGUGCAAAGCAUAAUGUUAAAUUUAGUACCAAAGGGUCACGCUUUGAAUGUCCUCACUGCGGUAAAACUUUUCUUCAAAAAUCUGGCCUUGGGACCCACAUGACUAUUCAUACAGGAGAGAAGCCAUUCAAAUGUGAUGUUUGCGGCCUUGUUUUCCGGCUGAAUAGUAGUUUACAGCGUCAUUUAUGUAGAGAACACUACACUUAUAAAGCUUUCAAAUGUGAAGAAUGUGGGAAGGAGUUUGGCCAUAACAGUGACUUAAUGCAUCAUAAACGCUCAGUCCAUGCCAAAGUGCGUCCUUUUGUUUGCCAAAUAUGUGAUGAAAGGUUUACCACCAAUGUUGUUUUAAUGAGGCAUGUCAAUAUACAUUUCGAACUGAAGUUAAAUGAGUGUAAAGUUUGUGGGGCAAAGUUUUCUCACAGUGGCUCGUUAUAUAACCAUAUGAAGAUACAUAGUGACAAGCGAGAGUAUGAAUGUCACUCUUGUGGAAAGAGCUACAAACUGAAAUCUCAUUUGAAAAACCAUAGUUGUAAAUUAAACUCCAAGCUAUCAAGUAAGAAGGGCAGACCCAAGGAUCUAAACGAAUUAGAUGAUAGCUUGAUUGAAUGUCAAGAACUGUAGAAACCUUGUAAAACAACCUUAUAUUUAAUAGUAAUGUAUCAAUUGAAACGAA